AUAACAGCUUUGUGUAUGCACAAAAACAAACAAAAAAUCUGCAAUUUGGAAACAGAAGAAGCUUAGCUCAUGACAUGAACUGCAAACUGAACCGGAUUAUCAAAGAUGCACACUUUGGUUCAACCUUGUAAGUCUUUAUCUCUUCAUACCUUCUCGUUACCACUUCAUAGAACCAAUUUCCUUGUCUCUUCUGUGCAUAACAAACACAUAAAAUCCUCUGCUGGGUCCAUAAAAAGUCUGUUUUUUUCUAAGAAUAUCUCACUUUUGAGAGGUACCCAUCUCUCAUUUUGCUCUCAAGAUGACGCCUUGGAUAAAUUUUCAAGUGCCCAAUUGCCUGAGAGGCAGGAAAAUGAUGGAAUUCAAGAUAAUGAAGAGCUUGAAUUGUUAAAUAAGCCAUCUCCAGUAGCUUUAAAUAAUGGGUUAAGUGUAGAAGUGGAAAAAGAACCUGAAAAGAUUGACACUGAUGAAGCUUUAGCCCCUUUUUUGAAAUUUUUUAAGACUAAAGAUUCAUUAGGAGAAGUGAAGGAAGAGGAAAGUGAAUUGGAUGUUGCAGUAGAGGUUAGUAAUGAGAAUAAUGAAGUUAAGAAGGUUAUUGUGGAUUAUUACGAGCCGAAACCGGGUGAUUUUGUUGUAGGUGUUGUGGUUUCUGGUAAUGAGAAUAAGCUAGAUGUAAAUGUUGGGGCAGAUUUGCUAGGUACAAUGCUGACAAAGGAGGUUCUGCCUCUGUAUGACAAAGAGAUGGAUUAUUUGUUGUGUGAUAUGGAGAAGGAUGCUGAGAGUUUUAUGGUUAGAGGGAAGAUGGGAAUAAUUAAGGAUGAGGCUGCCUUGAGCCAGGGAUCAGGGCAAGGAAGGCCGGUUGUGGAGACAGGAACUAUAUUGUUUGCAGAGGUUCUUGGGAGGACACUGAGCGGCAGGCCGUUGCUUUCUACUAGACGUUUAUUUCGCCGUCUAGCUUGGCAUCGAGCGAGGCAGAUAAAAGAGCUGAAUGAGCCUAUUGAGGUUGAACUUACAAAGUGGAAUACAGGAGGGUUGCUUACAAGAAUCGAGGGAUUGCGAGCUUUCCUUCCAAAGAUUGAAUUAGUGAACAGAGUGAACAACUUCAAGGAGUUGAAAGAUAAUGUAGGUCGCCGAACAAAUGUACUGAUUAUUCGAAUAAAUGAGAGUAACAAUGAGCUGGUAUUGAGCGAAAGGGAAGCUUGGGAAAGGUUAAACCUUCGGGAAGGAACACUUCUGGAAGGAAUUGUUAGGAAAGUAUUUACAUAUGGAGCACAAGUAAGAAUUGGGGGAACUAACCGAAGUGGGCUGGUGCAUAUCUCUAACAUCAGUCGGAACCGAGUUACUGAUGUUAGUGAAUUACUUAAAGUUGAUGAGAAGGUUAAAGUCCUGGUUGUGAAGUCAGAUUUUCCUGAUAAAAUUUCACUCAGUAUUGCUGACCUUGAAAGCGAGCCAGGCCUUUUCAUAUCAAACAAAGAGAGAGUGUUUGCAGAGGCAGAAGAGAUGGCACGGAAGUACAGAAAAAAGCUACCUGCGGUUUUAGCUCCUCGUAAGUCCGCAGACCCUCUAAGCAACACAUUACCAUUUGAUGAAGAAGAAACUAUGUAUUCAAAUUGGAAAUGGUUCAAAUUCGAAAGGGAUUAACGGAACCACUACUGACCUAGGUUUGCAAUAUGAAGGAGAACUUGUAACUUGUCGAUGUGCAGCACGAAUAACAUUUAUUCUACUUUUUUUUUUGUGAAUUGCAUUGUCUAUUUAAAAAUUGACAACAGCAGCAUAUGAUGAUUGAUGAUCAUAACCUGGACGUGAGUUCUGUCCAGUUGUUGUAUACUUUCAAACAUCAAAUUAUUUUGUUGUUUGAUUAUAAGAAAUGUAUGUAAAUCCAAGUGAACAAGUUGAAACUGCCUAACUGAAUAGGUUGGGGGCUCUAUGUAUUAGAGACUGUAUAGUCAAGAAAUGUAACUUUAAAGUCCAUUUUUUAUGAUAA